AUGGUUCAAGAUAACCUGGGUGGAUCCGCCACUACAAAUCAAUCUGCAAAUGCUCAUAAUGGGAAUCUUAUGUUCGAAAGGGGCAGGUUGUAUUAUGAGUAUUCGGCUAGAAGGAAUGAAAGGCUGAAAAGGAAGAGAGGAGACUAUGAUGCUGAGAAAAAGAUUCCAUCCAAACAGUAUCUUGGGGUUAGAGUCGAGUCAGCAAAGAAAGGGACAAGGGAAGUCAGAAAAUGCGAGAUUGCAAGGAAGAUGGCGAUGCCGAUGGUGGAGAGAAGAGAGGUGGUGGCGCCAGCGACUACUAGAGGUUUUCGUUGA